AUGAACGAUUAUGGAGGACUAGGUAUAGUUCUCGAAGAAGCAGAGAACGAAAACAAUCUAUCAAAUCUAAGUCAGCAACUUAAACAACAGAUCCAACAAAAGCAUACCAGUAUAUCAUCACGACAAUCAAGUAUCGUUAGUUUAUCGAAAACCAUUUCAAGAAAGACAUCAUCAGCAUCAUUGACUCAAACACCAGCUUCUCUUACUACAGAUAAUGAAAGACUACCACAUCCUGAGAUCCAGUCACAACAGCAAGAACUUGACAAUGAAAAUGAUCAUGACAACGAAGAAGAAGAUGAAGAUGAUGACGACGACGACGAUGAGAGAGUCACCAGAGGUUCGCGAAAAAAUUCAGCCUCCAAAAUUACGACGGAGAUUCUAUUGCCACCACUACCUGGUGCACUUGAAGAUCUAAUUACGACUACACCAGUUGCAGUGAAUUCAUUUACGUCCAAUGGUUGUGAUGACAGUGUUUCCACUGGUUCAGAUAAUACUUCACAUGAAAGCUUCAAUUUGGGAGAGUUUAACCAAAUUUAUCAACAUUCAAAAUCGACAUUUUCCAACUCGGCUUUGAAUUCUCCAAAUUUGUUAUUGAACCAAACCAAUUUGCACGUUUUCCCAAGUGUUUCUAAAAAUGGUAUCAACGAUUUUUCAACCAGUUCUAAUGGUGGGACUACGAACAAUGUAACAACACUACCACCUCCAACAACUAACACAACUACAACAUCCACAGGGAAUGAGAAAACUAGUCCGUUAAAAAGAUUGAAAAACGGGAUUAGAAAGCUAUCCCUCACUUCAAUCACUAGUAGCAAUAACAGCAGUAGUUGUUCCACCCCUACCGGUGCCAAGUUCUAUGCCAACACCACCACCACCACCACUAGUCCAGCCAACCCUAUUCCAUUACGUCCAAUUUUGAGUCCUAUACAAGUUGUUAAGCCACCACAGCCACUGCAUUCUGUCUCGUCGUCAACAUCAGCCGAUUCAUCCUUCUCUUCUAAGUUUGAACGAGCUCGUGCGUCGAGUCAAGGAACAACAAUAUUUACUCCUGUGACUCCUCCAGUUACUACUUCUCCUGUUAUAACCAUUGGUGAAGAUUUAGAUUGCACCAAACGGACAUUAUCCAAGAUUGAACAAUCUUAUUUCGACUCAUUGACUUCACAAACAGUUAAUUCAAUUGAAGAAUUGAUUACAGUUGAAGAUUUAUUGAAUUACCUGCAAUAUUUGAUUCAACAACGAACAGCUUUAGAUGAUGUUUUCCAGAAAACAAAGGAAAAAUUACAAGCAAGUGGUUGGUGUUCUAAUCACGAUUUAAACAAUUUACAAUUGCAGCAAGAUUCGUCUCGUUGUCAAAUUGAUACUUCAUUAUUGAAAAUUGAAGAACGUUUAAAUCGUGAGUUUUCCUGUUCAGUAUUGGGGAAUAAUACUCCUACUAACCUAUCAAAGAGUGGCUCGACCACUGCUACUCAUUCUAAACAGAACUCUAUUACAAAGUCAUUAGCAGGUAACGAUAGCAGAGAACCAAUGGUUAGUCCAAGUUUAAAAGUUUUAGAAAGUAGAUGUGUUUCAUUCACAGAAUUUUAA